CUCGUGUAGUAAUCCAAACAUACAUCUUUCUUCUCAACUUUCUCUUUCUCUCAAAAACACCUUUUAUUCUCUCUUUAGUUUCAUCUAUCCAUCAAUAUACUUUUAUUUCCAUCAUCAAUCAAUUAGUUUCUUCGACCGAUUCGAGUUAAAUCAUUAUUCUUGAUGGAUCAUCAACAUGUUAAAGUUAAUUUGAGCCGUGGAGAUGCCAAAAAUAAGAAUGAAGAUGACAUGGACCUCCGACGAGGUCCAUGGACCGUUGAGGAAGACUUCACCCUCAUGAAUUAUAUAGCUCAUCAUGGCGAAGGUCGUUGGAAUACUCUUGCUCGUUGUGCUGGUCUAAAACGAACAGGGAAAAGUUGUAGACUAAGAUGGUUGAAUUAUCUCCGGCCCGAUGUACGACGUGGAAAUAUCACUCUUGAAGAACAACUUUUGAUUCUUGAACUACAUUCUCGUUGGGGCAAUCGGUGGUCAAAAAUUGCUCAACAUUUGCCGGGAAGAACUGACAAUGAGAUAAAAAAUUACUGGAGAACGCGAGUACAAAAACAUGCCAAACAGCUUAAAUGUGACGUGAAUAGCAAACAAUUUAAGGAUACUAUGCGUUAUCUAUGGAUGCCAAGGUUAGUAGAGAGAAUUCAAGCCGCUGCAGGGGCAGGGGCAUCUACCUCCUCAGAAGUGAUUAAUCCUCAAAACAUAGUACAAAUAGAUCACAACACAUGUGUAACAAAUUCAAGCACGGCAACCGCUUCAUCUGAUAACUCAUUCGGAACUCCUGUCUCAGACCUCACUGAUUGUUGCUACAAUUAUCCGCAACAACAACAAGAUUGUUUUCAACUUGUUGGAGAAUCUUUAAUUAGCCCCACUGGUUACUUUCACCAUGCUUUAGAAUUUCAAGGUGCUGCUGCUGCAGCUAUAGAUCAUCAACAAAACACCACUCAAUGGAUGGACGGUGCAAAUUUCUCUGACAAUUUAUGGAAUAUUGAAGACAUGUGGUUUUUACAGCAGCAACUCAACAACAAUGUUGUUUGAAUAUUAAAUUAUGAACAUAAUAUCAUCCAUCACAUGUAGAAAACAAAAUAAAUAUAUUAUAGAGGUCGCAGAUUACGAUAGAAGAACCGUGGAUGCAUUAAUAUUUCAUCCUCAUGUAGGAUAUAUACAUGUAGGAUUAAUUCGUGAAUUUUUUUACAGUCUAAAAUUACUUUUCUUCUCUA